UGACCUUCAACCCUUCCCUUUUUACAGCCCAAUCAAAACUAGUUUAGUUUAAUAAAUUCAAGUUAAAGAUAAAAUGGUUGCACGCUAAGCACGUUUUAUGGAUAAUUAAUAUGUAGUUUUUAAUGACUCCACUCAGAAUGAAAAUGUUAUACUGGGCCUGUCUCUAAAACCUGAAGAUUAGCUUGUAAGCGCUUAUUGGACCUCGAGCUAAUGUUGUUAGCUAGCCUGAACUGAACGAACGACCCAUAAAACCCAAACGGACCGAACAUGGAGUCGAUUCAACCUGCAGUCGCUCGGUGCUGGUCACAGACGGAUUUUAAUAAUUCAUCCGCGUGUGUGUGUGUGUGUGUCGUUUUGUUGCCUGGAGACUGCUCCCGCGUCUGUGGCCGUUGCUAUAGUAACGCUGCCCCUGGACGCGCCACCGGAUGAGAACCUUCUGGAACGCCGGAUAUUUCCACAUCUGAAGCUGCAGCAGGAUGUCAGCUCCUUCGCUGAAGCCCAGCCUGCGGCACAACGUCUCCGAGUGGCACAGCAACAACCAGCAGCUGUCCGGCACCGCUCAACACGACCGGCACGUUUCCCAUGAGAUCCGACAGGAGGCCAGGACGCUCCGCAACGAGACCCGCUGCAAGACAGUGUGGGAUGAGAGCGACACGUCUCGCAGGCUCAGUGAUCGGAUCUGGGAUGUUGCUCGGUGGAGGGACGUGUUGGAAUGCUCUGCACAGAAAGUGGAUGUGGAAAUGGAGGCUCUCACUCUGUCCAAAGAGCAGAGUGAGCUGGCCCUGGCCGCCACCUCCAUCCCCCUGGAGGUCAGCAAUGAGUGCCUGACGCUGAGGGAGGGGCGGCGGGACUUUGAGCUGGUUAGCGACCCUGUGGAGGAGCAGCUGAAGAAGGAGGUGGAGCUGAUAGAAGGCGUGCAGCAGCGUCUGCAGCAGAACAUUGGGCGGGCCUUUGAGCAGCUGUGUGUCCUGCAGGAGGUUCGACACCAGCUGACCGCGGAUCUGCAGAACAAGAUGGAAGCUCUGGAUAUCGAUAUGUCCUGCCUGUCCCUCAACAUGAAGUCGGCUAACAUCUCCCUGAAGACAAACCCGACCCGGAUUCCAUCGUGUUCCUCCACCCCCCAGGAGUGGGCCCAGUUCAGCCAGUAUAAUGUGGCUCGGGCCCACGAGGCCGUGCACAAGUCCCAGCAAAUAAGAGAGGACAUGAGCCUCAGCAGAGCGCAGCUCCAUAAUGAGAUGGAGGCCCAGCGCAGAGCCACAGAGUUUGCUCUUCGGAAACGGAAUCGCCACGAAGAGCAGGCCCGAGAUGACCUGCAGUGGCAAAUUAAAAACACUGAGGAUGAGAUGGCAGAGAUGGAGGGCGACAUCCGGGGGCUGGACGCAGACCUGCAGGCCAAGACUGUGUCCCUGAUGCUGGCUCACACCCGACUGGAGACUAGGAGCCGCAGGUCUGGCGUGGACCUGUGCCGCGACGAGGUGCAGCAUGGCCUUGUUGCUGAGGUUCAGCAGCUGGAGGCCACAAUCCAGGCUCUGAAGCAGAAACUCUCAGAAGCUCAACACUCUCUGCAGAAGAUGAAGCUCCAUCACAGCCGCAUGCAGCAGGAUCUUUCCAGAAAACAGGAAGCCCUGUCUCUGGAGCAGCGCAGCAUGCAGACCAGGACCAAGACCGUCAUCACAAAUCCAUCCGGCACCAAUAAGCCUACGGUGCCGCUGGUUCCGCUCAUGAAUUCAAGCAGGAGGAGCAACCUUCAGCUGCUGGCCCAGUGAGGAGAUGGACUCUGUGUUUGUGUUUACCUGAAUUUCACCUGCAGCACAUUCCCAACAUGCCACAUCCUGUGGCUGACCGAGAGCCAAUUAGAUUUCAGUGCUCCUGUUACCUUGACGACAGGAAGCAUCACUGUGUUUGUUUUGGUUUGUUUUAUGUUAUUACUGCUAUGACCUGACCACAACCAGAACCCAGACAUACGACCUCUAGAAGUCACCAGAGUCAUAUAUUUAAAUCCAAAUGAAAAGUAUGAAAGAAAGAUUUUGAUAAUAAGUGUGAACAUCAGAUCAGUAGUGAACAAGGGAGAUGUUUGACAGAUAGGAGGGUUGGUGCUUUAAUGUGCAAACAACACAUCCCCUUGUCUGAGAAACUGACCAGGUCCUCAGACAAGGAGAAGGGAAUUCACAACAAGUUCUGACCUGGAGUCCUGACCCAGCCUUCAAAGCAGCUGGACCUUCGUGUGAUUGUGGAUCAGUGGUUCUUCAGGGUUCCUGCAAGGGCCCUUAACUUCAGGAAUGAACCACUGUUGUGUUGACAAGAACUUCCUUCUAACUGAAUGUUUUAGUAGAACAUAGUUCUUCCUGUACCCUCCCAGAACUUACAGAGAACCGUUUUUAGAACUGACUUACAGGUUACUUUGCAAGAAGGCAUUUCUUCAAACCUGCAGGGUACUUGUUGGGGUCAUAAUGUUUGCUCAUCCUAUCAGGUUACAAGUAAGUGUGUGACGUGUUUGUUAUCCUACCGGUACCAGUGCGGGGCUUCAGUCAGUGGAAGUUACUCUGUUGUUCCAAAGAAGAGAGGUGAACUCACUAACAAGCUAACAGCCAACCUGCCAGCUCUGUGGAAAAGUAGUUACAGUAAAAGAUGGCGGCUCAACAAACCAGUUUCACCUUCUAUGAACUAACCACCGGCCUCAACAGCUGCAGGGUCACUUUCCAAAACAAACCCACUAGUGAGAUUGUUGCACAAGGCCUAAAAGGGGUGCUGACAAAACAGCUGCAACAAGAGGAGCACACGGUUCCCAUGACAACAGACAGUGAUGCUAAUGUUGUCGGUGGAUAAACAGCUGUGAAUAAAUGUGUUACUGUUGUGCUCCAAUCACUUGAUUAGUGAUUACAGGACUGGCUGCAGCGCCCCCUUCAACAGCGGCUGGUUCUGACAUACAGGAAACAUUCCCAGAAUAUCAUUUCUCCCAUUUUCUGUCAGGCCUGAGAGCGCCAUCACCAGGGCUUAUGGUUGAAGGUUGAAUUACCUCAGGAUGAUACAGCUGCUAUGAUCAUUUAGUUAAGGAGCAUGUGAGUCGCUACCCUGAACAUCACCAAAAGUUGAAAAUGGUUAAAUUCUUACUUUGAAGAAUAAUAUAAGCAUUAAACGUUUCGCUGUUUGACGGUAAAAAUAUUCUCUACGGUAAUGAAAGAUAAAAUAUGAUGAUAAAAGCACCGUUACGAGUCACUUAUCUGACAUUUAUUGUAAAAACAGCAACAUUUCAAUUAAAGAUUAUCUGUUGAUCAUUACUGAUAAACAUAAAUAACCGCAGCAUUAAGACUUUUAAAGCGGUGUAUGUUUUACUAAUAUUCCUGUUGGACGAGAACUCCUUAAUAAUGACACAUUGUUCAUAUUGCCAUUGCUGAGUAACUGGUGUUGAAAAUGAGACAAAUAUAUUAAUAUCAUAAUGUCCACUAAUGUAGUUAUAAUUUCUCUAAAAAUACUUUUUUUCAUAA